AUGGACGAGAAGGUCAGCUCUCGCCCAGCCGAUGCUGAUGCCGCAUAUACCUUUUUGGAUGGGCAUAACAUCGACUUGAGCUCCGUCAAUGAAAAGGAAUUACUGCGGAAAAUCGAUUGGAUGAUUGUUCCUCUCAUGUGGGCGUGCUAUAAUCUUCAAUAUGUGGACAAAGUGCUGAUCAACUUCGCUUCCAUCAUGGGUCUACUGGAAGAUGCUCACCUGGAUACAAAUCAGUAUUCAUACCUUGGGUUGGCAUUUUACGUUUCCUACCUGUUCUUCGAGUUCCCAACUGGAUAUCUCAUGCAACGACUUCCAACAGCAAAAUAUCUUGGGGCAAAUCGUAGAUGCGUGCUAAUCAUGAUAGUCAUCUUAUGGGGUACUGUAGUAACACUCAAUUGUGCGGCUAAAAAUUUCGGCGGUCUUCUUGUCCUCCGGCUUUUACUUGGCUGCUUCGAAGCCUCCGUCGCUCCAAGACGGAAUCCCAGUUUAAUCCUUGUUACGGGUAUGUGGUAUAAGAAGAAAGAGCAGCCAGCACGUAUGGGCCUAUGGUAUUCUGGGACCGGAACAGCAACCAUAAUUGGGGCCCUUAGCGCAUAUGGGCUUUUAUUUUACACCGGUGAAAGAUUCAAACCAUGGCAGGUUAUGUUCCUUAUCUUCGGCCUAAUCACAAUAGCCACAGGCAUACUUGUCAUACUCUUCCUCCCAGAUAACCCCAUGACAUCCCGACUAACCGAAGCGGAGAAAGUUUUCGCAAUCGAACGCCUUCGAGAAAACCAAACAGGCAUUGAGAACAAACAUUUCAAAAUAAAACAGUUUAAAGAAGUUUUCGAAGAUCCACAGACCUACCUUUUAACGCUCAUUACUACUGCAGGCCUUGUCCCUAAUGCCGCCAUAUCUCAAUUCCAGUCUCUCAUCAUUAAGGCGAUCGGGUACACCCCAAAGCAAACUCAACUUCUUUCUAUCCCUAGCGGGAUCGUUAAUAUGGUUGCCAUUGUUGCAGCAACUUUCCUAGCAGCUAAAUUCGGCAAGCGUACAAUUUUCAUGGUUGCUGUCCUUAUUCCUAGCUUGCUAGGUGCAUGCAUGCUUGCUUUUCUAGAUAAUACGCACCCGGCAGCCAAACUUGCUGGGAACUACCUUACUCACUGCAACAAUGCGUUUUUGCCGCUUGCAUAUUCCCUUGUCACUGCCAAUUAUGCUGGUCAUACAAAGAAAGUGACGAUGAAUGCAAUCAUAUUGAUGGCAUUCUGCUUAGGCAAUGUACUAGGGCCCCUCACCUUCAAAGACGAGGAUGCUCCCGAAUAUAUACCGGCUAAGCUCGCCAUCGUCAUAACCAUGUCAAUCACGAUAGUUUCUAUCUUUGUCUUGAGGUACUACUACAUUUACGAAAACAGGAGAAGAGACAAGCGAUUGGAGGAAGGACAGGUGCAAACCACUGCUGAUUUCCUGGAUAUAACGGAUAGGGAGAAUUUGUCCUUUCGCUAUGCAUAUUAA